UAAAAAGCAAUGGUUGACACAAAAGAAAAGAGGUGCUUAGGCUAGUACAGAAACAAACACAUGGCAGCCCACCUCUCUAGGUUGCCUUGGUUUCCUGUUCCUUGAUGCCCCACGAUGCCAGGACCUACUUAAAAGCCAGCAUCGACCUUGGCCGCAAGCCACUAUGUAGUGUGAUUCAUGAAGAUAGUGGUGUACUGUGUGCUUCGGUCCUAGAUGCCGGCCUCGAUCAAGACAAGCAGAGAUCGUCAACAAUCUUUGCAUGGUGUUGUUCUUUGCUCGGCGGCGGGCUAGAGCAUUAUUGACGGCGCAUUUGGCAAUGGGCAAUUUCUCAAGAGUGAAAUGCCUCCUGGGGAUAUCCACAGGCUGGCCGAACUAUCAGGUAGGCGU